AAAUCCUGCCGUAAUUCUAACAUCGCUGGAUAGCCCGUCGCAAAAAGCAGAUUCCAUAAAAAAUAACGAAACAGCGAAUCUCGCAUCAUCAAAAACCCACUUCACUCUUUCACAAACUCGUGGAAACACACCGAUUGCUUCUCCACAUGCAAGAAGCGACUCGGGGAUAAAGACUGAUCGUUUUGAUUCGUCCCCGAGUUCUUUUUCUUCUACCACUGUAAGAAGCGAAAUAGUGCCAAUACCUAAUCUCUCUGUCGGUUGCAAACUUUAUGUGGAAGUAAUUAGGGGAAAGUUCGAACGUGACAAAAAGGAGUUCCGAAAAGCAGAAAUCUUGGCCAUCC